AUGGCAACAAUAGACCCUGCAAUGCUGGUCUGCCCUUCGCCAGAAGAAUGCGACAUCAAGCUUGAAGACGACAUGGACACAUCAGAAGAGGCUGGCUUCACGGCCUUCUCUGCGCAACGCGAUAAAGACGACAUUGAUGAGGACAGCAAGCUGCUCUUCUCAGAUGAAGGCAAAAAGCUAUCUAGCAAAGAGCGUCGCCAACUGAGAAAUAAAGUGUCUGCACGCAACUUCCGAGUGCGAAGAAAAGAAUACAUAAACCACCUUGAAAAGCUAGUCGCCACACACAGUAGCGAGGCGCAAGCGCUCAGGUCUCAGGUUGACACACUCAAGACAGAGAAUGCAGACCUCUGUGCUGAGCUUGCACGCCUCAAGCUGAGCGCAUCUUUGCCAGCGAUCACUACUAGCUCGGAUGCGCCCAAAAUCGAGCUUGACGCCACCACACAGGCUCUCCUUGAAAAGGUGAAUACGCGCUGUUCCACACCGAUCAAAGAGACUCAGAUGGUUGUCGACAUGCCCAAAGACAUCAAUCCCUACUCUGCUGGGGUUAAUUGGUCAAGCCUCGAUUGGCCGUUGUCGAAUCUUAACACUUUACUAUCGCCGUCCUCAGGCACAUUUGACUUUUCAUCCUUCACGACCGGCAACGCCUGGGUACAGGCUUCUGCUUGA